AAGAAAAGGGAGCUGUCAAUGGGAAAAACAUUGUGGCUUUGUGUUUUACAGUGCUGAUAAAAUUGGGCUUGUUGCGUAGAAAUUCCCUCAUCCAGUUCUCGUGUGACCACUCAAAGUGGCCCAGUGAAGUCUGUAGUACCAAUUAGCAUGCAGAGUGUAAUAAAUUCGGUGAAGGGAACGGCGUUGGGAGUGGCUGAAUACUUGACGCCAAUCCUCAAGGAGUCAAAGUUCCGCGAGACUGGCGUACUGACGCCAGAGGAAUUCGUGGCAGCUGGUGAUCAUCUGGUGCAUCACUGCCCCACUUGGCAGUGGGCGAUGGGCGAUGAGGGAAAAGUGAAGCCUUACUUGCCGCGCGACAAGCAGUUCCUCAUCACGCGCAACGUACCGUGUUAUCGGCGUUGCAAGCAGAUCGAAUACGUGGGAGAGGAGACGAUGGUGGAGGAGGAUGACCAGGAAGGUGGUUGGGUGGAGACACAUCACUAUGAUGAGUCCAGCGCUGCCGGCGUAGAGGAGAAGGUGUCUGAGAUGACUCUGGACGGGAAAGCUGAAGCCAUGGAGGACGCGGAAAAUACUCAGGAUGACGACGAGGAUGAUGAGGAGGCGGGCGAUAUGGAAGAGUUUGAGGAGAGUGGGAUGCUGGAGCGCGUAGAUCCAGCCACGGCGACAAAGGCGCGGAAAGCCGAGCUGCCAAAAACGUCGACAUCCGCCGAGGUGGACGGAGACUCCGUGGUACACACAAGAACCUACGAUCUGCACAUCUCCUACGACAAAUACUACCAGACGCCGAGACUCUGGGUCGUCGGCUACGACGAGAACCGCAAGUCGCUGACCAUGGAGCAGAUGUACGAGGACGUGAGCCAGGAUCACGCCAAGAAGACCGUCACGAUGGAGUCACACCCGCACUUGCCGGGUCCCAACAUGGCCUCUGUGCAUCCCUGCAAGCAUGCUGAUAUUAUGAAGAAAAUCAUCCAGACCGUGGAGGAUGGCGGCGGCGAGUUGGGCGUGCACAUGUAUUUGAUAAUCUUCCUGAAAUUCGUGCAGACCGUGAUUCCCACCAUCGAGUACGAUUUCACGCAAAACUUCAGCAUGAAGAAUUAAACCACCACGCUUUGAAUUCUCAAAAGCUUAUAAGAUUGCAAAAAAGUUGUCAUUAAAGUGGGCUCUGAAAGAGCAUAAAGUGCAACACAAAAGGCG